CAGCGUGUGCGUAGGCGUCAAAAUAAAGAUGGCAGCCGUGCUCCCAAGAGGCGAAAUGUCAAAGUGUCAAAUUUUUUUGCGGAAAUAGUAAAAACAAGUGUGAUUUUGUUGAUUUUCGUGCGAAUAGUGCCCCCUUGAGGGUACUCGCAUACCGUUAGUGCAAAAUGUCCGUGCGAGCCGUGGGCACCCGAUUAUUUAAACAUGGUAGAAGUCUUAUCCAGCAAUUCUGCAAGAGGGACCUCAACACCACCAUUGGCGACAAAAUUAAUGCCGUGUCACAAGCAGCAGCGGCACCUCCCGUGCCCAAAACUCAAGCGGUACCCAAGAACUUCGCCUUGAGAAAUGUUGGGGUGCAGCUGGGGCUCCAGGCUAGGAGGAUCCUCGUUGAUAAUGUACUCAAUAGGGUUACGAAUAGUCUUUCGGCCGAGCUGAGAAAGAAGGCGACGAGAAGAAUCUUGUUUGGAGACUCGGCCCCGUUUUUCGCUCUAGUGGGAGUAAGUCUAGCCUCGGGAACCGGAAUUCUUACGAAAGAGGACGAACUAGAGGGAGUAUGCUGGGAAAUUCGAGAAGCCAUAUCUAAAAUAAAGUGGCAAUACAACGAUGUUGACGAAUCUCGCUUUGAAUCAGAACCCAUAACCCUGAACGACCUUUCACUUGGCAAACCCAUCGCCAAAGGCGCCAACGGCGUCGUCUACUCCGCCACAGUGAAAGAGGACGAAGACGCCAUCAACAACCACCCUUUCGCCCUAAAAAUGAUGUUCAACUAUGACAUCCAGUCAAACUCAAUGGAAAUCCUCAAAGCCAUGUACCGCGAAACAGUCCCAGCUCGCAUGUACUACAGCAACCACGACACCACCCACUGGGAAAUGGAGCUAGCCAGUCGCAAAAAACACCUGCCACCCCACCCAAACGUCAUCGCUAUAUUCUCAGUCUUCACUGACUUCAUCCAGGAGUUCGAAGAUAGCAAAGAUCUGUGUCCCGCUGCCCUCCCUAAACGUAUCCAUCCGGAGGGCGAAGGCCGCAACAUGUCGUUGUUCUUGUUAAUGAAGCGCUAUGACUCUAAUUUACAGAAUUUCCUCCAAACAGCGCCAACCACACGAACGUCACUUCUGCUUCUGUCGCAGCUGCUAGAGGGCGUUGCGCACUUGACAGCUCAUGGCAUAGCCCACCGCGAUUUAAAAAGCGACAAUUUGUUGCUUGAUACCACAGAACCAGAGAGCCCCAUUCUGGUAAUCAGCGACUUUGGGUGUUGUUUGGCGGACCGCAGCAAUGGGCUGAGUUUACCAUACACGAGUUACGAAAUCGAUAAGGGUGGUAACACUGCGUUGAUGGCGCCGGAAAUUAUAAAUCAGACACCUGGGACUUUCGCAGUUUUGAAUUACGCGAAAGCCGACUUGUGGGCUGCCGGGGCUAUCGCGUACGAGAUAUUUGGGUGCGCUAACCCGUUCUAUGGAAAGAACCGUCUCAAGAAUUUUAAUUACAAGGAGCAGGAUUUGCCCAAACUACCGGAUGAAGUUCCAGAUGUUGUGAAGGCGCUAGUUGGGAAUCUUUUGAAGCGCAAUCCAAAUAAGCGUCUCCAUCCAGAGGUCGCUGCAAACGUGUGUCAGUUGUUUUUAUGGGCUCCUAGUUCUUGGUUGAAACGAGGCUUGAAGGUUCCUUCUAGUGCUGAGAUAUUACAGUGGUUGUUGAGCUUGACAACCAAAGUAUUAUGUGAAGGUAAAAUCAACAAUAAGAGUUUCGGUCAAACAGGCGUCAACAGAAGAGGAGGGAGAAGAACCUACCCUGAGUAUUUGUUGAUUUCAAGCUUCUUGUGUCGGGCUAAAUUAUCAAAUAUUCGGUCUGCACUUACCUGGAUACAGGACAACCUACCAGAAAUUGAUUAUUAAUAUUCUUUUAAGCAUACUCUUACAAGUGGUUAUUUUAUUUAUUCAUUUAAUGAAAUGUUACUUAAAUCGGUUUAUUUGUACUGAAACUAGGUGAUAAAAAGGUAGAGUGUAAUUGGCGCGCAAACUAGUUUUUUCUUUAGAGAAAAAAACGUCCACAUCGCUGUAAAUAUGUUAUUACUGUAUUAAAUACUAUUCUAGAGUAA